UUGUAUUCAUGAAGCGCCGCUUUCUCUACACAGGCGAGCGGCACCCGCGCGGCACCGGCCCACCGGCUGUCACAUGGCUUAAUAUGGGUGUAGAGGAUUCUGUUUGCCGGUCAGAUAUGUGACUCCGAGGCACAAGUUUUAGGCUGAAAGUUCGCUUACUAAUUACGAGAAAGAGGAACACAGAACCCGGGACAAAGGUUAGCUAACCGUGUGACUGCCGCCCACAGGGGACUUUCGCUUCUCCGUUAAGUUUUCUCAGAUGCCUGUUCCCGAAAACGCCGCUUGUUUACGCGACUGUUGUUGUUGAAAGCUGACUCACCGACUGAGGGCCGGGGGCACCGGGACACCGCCGCCGCUGAGAACAUAAAAGCGCCUUGUAAGCCCCUCCAUGGGUUGACCAGCCUCACUGUCUGAAAAUGAUCGGGUCACCGGACCUGUUGGCCUUCACCGGCACAGAGGGGUUUGGGGAAGGAGAGGAGGACCAGGAGGCUCAGAGUCUACCUGAAGAGCUCUCUGUCCCCCUUUCACCUCCCUCCCACCCCUGGACCACCUCCGCCCAGUUCCACAGAGACUUCAUACUGGUGGCUGAAUUCUCAGAGCAGGUGGGUCCAAAACCUGUACUGACGAUACCGGACGACCCCAGGGUCAUCGGCACCUUUGACCUCAACCACUUCUCUGUUCGCCUCAUGUCUGUGGACUACCAGGCGUCCGGCCCCGUCCACACUACUCAUGCCACCCCCGGCCCCCGCCUCAACUUCAGCGAGGACUCCAAAGUGAUCCUGGGAGAUUCAGCGGAGGAUGCUUUUGCAUACGUUCACCACCUGACCCUGUACGACCUGGAGGCUCGCGGCAUGGUGCGUCCUUUCUGUAUGGCCUACGUGUGUUCGGACCAGGCGAAGCUGAUGGAGAACUUCUCCGAACUGUCGACAUGCUUCUCUCAGGCAUCUGACAGCCUUAAGACGGGAAACAGGCAGGCGUUCUCUAUGGAGCUGCAGAGAAAACUGCAAGAACUCGAGUACACACGGUUGACUUUGCUGCAGGAGACAGAACGUGUGACGACAGUAAAUGGGUUCACAGAAGUUGGAGAGAAAGACGGAGAUCUUGAAGCUGUAGAGCGUUCAAUCUUAAAUCACAGAGACCUCCUCCGCCAGGUCACAUCCUACCCAAACAGGAAGCUCAAACAGCCUGACUUUCUGCCCUAUGACCCAGCUGACUCCCUCACUGAUCCUACUGCGUUACUGCCUCCUGAGCUCUGUCCCUCCACCUCCACCUCCACCUCCAACUCCUACAGGUCCGAGCACCAUCUGAAGCAGCUGCAUGAGCUCUGCAAUGGUUACUUCCUCUCCUUAAUGAAGGAUCAGCUAGCAGACACAGAGUGCCGCCUUCGUGGUGACAGGAGUGUCCUGCGAACUGCUCGCGUGUCACGUUCGCUGUCCAGGAGGCUCAUGCUCACCAACUUCCUGUUUGAGCUGUGGAGACCAGAGGACGAAGAGGAGGAGGAGAGGGAGAGCACUGAGCCAGAGCUACAGAGGGUGAGUAAGAGUGGUGUUGAGGUGUCAGAGCCAAUGAGCCUGGAAUCAUUCUGCUCCUGUGUGGAGGAGAUCCCGAUCAAACUGGAGGCAGGAGAAGCCGGGACAGUGACCCCUGACCCCAGCAUUGCCACGGAGAUGACAGGAAGUGUGAGCAGUGGCGACAGCAUUGAAGUGCUCGGGACUGAGAAAUCUUAUCGGACGCAACAUGCCAUCACUGGAUCUGACAGCAGAGCAGAAACACCGGUCAUGUUGAUGGACACGUCUGUCAGGCGAGCGGCAGUAGAUGCAGGCGCCAGGCGUGUGCGAGCGUACGCCAGACGAGCCAACAGCGAGGACAGCAUUGAGGUUCUGAGCACCACCGAGUCCAUCUUUCCAGAUGACCUCACCGCCAUCACAGAGGAAGAUGCGGAGCACCAACCUCUGAGCAAUGGCUUUGACAACGAGGAAGAAACACUGACGGAGUGUAAGGCUGACGAUGCUCUCAAAGAGGAGAAAAUACUGAAUGCAGCUACUACAGGAAAUGAAAAUGAAAAUGAACUUCCUGUUCAGAAAGAUGAUGGUUGUGUUGAUGAGGACGAGUCUUUAAAGCAAAUAACCCUCAGUGAUGACGUCGUGAUCAAAGAGGAACCGGCCAUCGAGAGUUUGAAGAAGAAUCAAGUCCAUGAAGACAACAAUCUUGAGAAGACGCCCAAACUACAACAAGAAGCGGUGAAGUUGAUGCCAAAGUGGUCUGAAGCCCAUCAGACGUUGCAGUCGGCGCCUGACCUCUAUGUGAACUUUGCUCCUGUAGCCCCGGUGGAGGUGGACCGCUGGUCUCCACCCUGCGCUCCUCUCAGGCUGCUGAGCAUCGACGAAGCGUCUGACUGCACCAGCUUUACAGGCUCCUCAGACCCCCCAUCUCCCACCCAAAAUAUCCACAGCAAUGCCCAUUUAGAUAAGAAGAGGAGAAGGAAGGCUGGACUCAGAGCCCUCAGGUUCCUCAAACAGAACUCAUUCUCCCAGCAUGCCGUAUUUUGUCUCCUGAGCGGCCGGCCGCUGGUUGUCGUCGGAGGAGACGAGGGUUUGGUCAGGAAGCUGGUGGACGCUCUGAGUCUCUUCCUGCCUGCUCCCGGUCCUGAUGGAAAUGCAGUGAUGCCGUGUCUGUCCAUGCCACUUCAACUGACCGACCUGCUCACAUGGAGACUGAUAGGAAUACACAGAUCAUCCUCCAGCUCCUCGUCCACCAUUAUCCACUCUCUGACUCGCUACAGUCGUUAUUUGGCCUUGCUGGACCUGGACCAGAGGACUCUGCGCUGUCCAUCAUACUCCGGCUCUCUCGUUGGCAGACUGGCCAAUCCUCACACUGGCAUCAGCCGAGGCAUCACCUACCUGUUGCACCUGGAGAGCUGCCUGACUGCGCUGGCCAACCAGGCUCUGCUGUACACGUUUAGUCGUGCUGCCCAACGUCCAAGCGCUGCAGGAGGGAAGGAAGAUUCAGGAGGCGAGGAUUUUCUGGUCACACGAGGAUUCUGCAGCAGUGAAAACGAUUUGAGAGUGAUGAGCUUCCUGUCUGACCUCGUCAAACAGCGCCACGCAGGACGUGGACCUCCGGUUUUAAGAUUCUCUUAUAGCUCAGCGCAGCUCCACAGAAAUACAUAUACAACAUAGAGUCCAAAGACACUGGA